AUGGCUAACAUAGACCAACUCAACUCCGUCCUCAUCCAAGCGCGCCCCCGUGCUUCACAUCGUCGUGAUCAUAUCCGCCUCGACCUUUCCACAGUCUCUUCACUCUACCAUCUCAAGCAAGUCGAAGCUGCAAAGCUCCUGGGGAUCUCACUCACCUCUCUCAAGAGCGGAUGCAGAAGGCUGGGGAUAGAGCGAUGGCCCUAUCGGCGGGAGAUGAACAAACGUCUGGUCGCUAAUGAUAGCAUGUUACUCCAAGACGGUGCGAGAGGGACUGAGGUAGAGAUGGCAGAGGCAAGCCAAGCCGAGCCCGAGCCCGAGCCCGAGCCCGAGCCUGGGCAAAAAGUGGAAGAGCUUGGAACAAAUCGGAUGGAGGGAGAUUGGCUCAAUUGGUACAUGUCAUUUCCGAUCGAGGAUGCUUUGAACUUGGAGGAAUGCGAUUUGACGAAUGUCUUGAAUGUAUAA